AUGUUGUUUUACGUUAUAAAUCUACGUAACAAAGAGCAAGACGACGAUUUUCGAUCGCUGCUCAGUCUCGUUCUCAGUUACUGCCGUCGACUACCCAGUCUCCCGUUGAUCACCAGUUUGGAGGAGGUCUCAGGCACUUUCGGUGUUGACGCAGAGGAUGUAAACUCGAGUCAGGGCAAAGAUCACAGACGCGUAGCAAAUUUACUCCAGCAACUUGGCCGAUCGUUGUGGGAGGAGGAAGAUCUAUGGGAAUUGAUGAAAACAUCUUCUUACGAGGAAAGGAUAACAUUGAAAUGCUACAUGCUUUACCUCUUUCAUUACCUCUGUCGAAUAGGUCCAACGAUGGAACUUCAUCAGUGCUACAUUCCGCAAUUCAUGGAGAUCGCCAAAGGUUCUGAGGAGUUCUCAGAGAUAAUCACAGCCAUAAAGUAUGAAAAACAUGUUGAACCGACAUUUGCGUUUCCAAGUCCGUAUUCUGGCAAAAAAGUCACUGGAAUUCAAGAGAAAGAAAACUUGGGUGACCUACUUGACGACUUCGAGCCGUACAGCACGGGCAGUUGGCCGGAAUCAGUGCGCGACAACGACGUGUACAGUGCAAUGAUUCUACCCGACAGUGAUAACGACGCCGCGUCAAGCGCUCCGCUUCAUUCCGGGACCACAAGUGAUGCAGUCACCACAAAGUUGGAGUCCCUGGCUACUGACCCUAGGAACAGGGUAUUCGAACGGUGGAACAUGGGCACGGAUCGUCUUAUAGAUCCACCACUUAACGACGAGAGUUUAUCGAGGACUCGUGGGCGCAGGCCAAAUUCGAUCAUGAAGAAGUCUGAAGACUCAUUGCGCACCGAUUUGUGA